CCUAUUAGAGUUACUCAUUACAUAUUCUAAAUACACACUUUAGUUAACCCCAAAAAACAAAUCCCUCUUCAUUCACCGACAACAUUAUUUUCCAAAAAACAAAACAAUAACACAAUCAUGACAGAUCGUGUUUACCCUUCCGCCAAACCAACUACCAACGGCAACGGCGCCGCCACCGUCAACCCAUCAUUUCCAGCCACUAAAGCUCAACUCUACGGCGCCACCCGCCCCACCUACCGUCCUCAACCCCAUCACCGCCGUACCCGCCGCCGUUGCUGCUGCACUUUCUGUUUCUGGUUUUUCCUCAUCCUCUUAAUCCUCCUCCUCCUAAUCGGCGUCGCCGGCACCGCUUUCUACCUCAUCUACCACCCACACCGCCCUACUUUCACUGUCACUUCCCUCAAACUUUCCUAUCUCAACCUCACUUCUUCCUCCACUCUCAACUCAAAAUUCAACAUCAACAUCACUGCCAAAAACCCCAACAAAAACCUAAUCUUCGUUUACCAACCAAUUUCAAUUUCAAUUCUCUCCGGCGACGUCGAUGUCGGCGACGGAACAAUACCCACUUUCGAACAUGGAAAGAAAAACACUACACUUUUAAAAGCUUCGAUUUUGAGCAGUGGGGAAGCACUGGAGAACGAUGCAGAAACAGAGUUGAAGAAGAACAUGAAGAGCAAAAAUGGGUUAGCGUUGAAAGUAAAGUUGGAUACGAAAGUGAAGGCUAAAAUGGGAAAAUUGAAGACACCAAAUGUUGGAAUCAGAGUCUCUUGUGACGGAAUUAGAGUUCAUCUUCCCGCCGGUAAGAAACCGGUGACGGCGUCAACUUCGAAUGUUAAGUGUGAAGUUGAUGUCAGGUUUAAGAUCUGGAAAUGGACGGUUUGAUUUGAGGAAUAAUUAAAGCAAGUUCAUGUGGAAAAGAAACACAGGAUCAUAUUCAUAGAGGUGUGUUAUUUUUUUUAUUUUGUUUGUUGCUUUUGGUCUUUUAUUUUUAAUUUUUUUUUGUUUUUAUUUAUUUAUGAUUUUUUAUUUUGAUAUAAUUUUUGGAAAUUUGUUCAUACUCAAUGAUUAUUUGCAUAAACGCGUGUAAAUGGCGACAAAGUUUGAUGUGGUUUUCAGUGGGGGACAGUUGUAUACUAGUCUAUUUUUCGAUAGAAAUAUCUGUAUUUUUUUCUUAAUUUAUUUUGUUUAAUUUCA